AUGGGUAAGAACACGGACAAACUGUACAUUACCCAUUCCGAGUGGUCAUCUUCGGAUGCGUACUCUGCGAGCGCCGGCGCCAACGUGAAUGCACGCUCACGUAUUGGCUCAACUUAUCGUCGUUUGCCUUUCAACUUCUGUGCUGCUAGCCUUCAGCCAUUCAAAAAUCCUGUCUGCACCCAAGACGGUACGAUUUUUGAUGUAGAAGUGAUUAGCGCAUGGCUAGAUAAGCAUAAAACGAAUCCGGUCAACGGCAAGCCGCUUAAUUCGAAAGACCUCAUCAAGCUCAACUUCGCCAGAAAUGCUGCUACCGACUCACGGGCCCCCGAUUCUAGCGAUGGCCAGGGUGACUUGAUAGAUCCUGUGUCCUUCAAAGUUUUCACAGACAACACCCAUAUCGUUGCGAUCCGACACGGAACUUACGCAAACGUCUUCGCAUGGGAAACGGUCGAGCGAAUGAACAUUAAGGGCAAGAAUUGGCGGGACCUCGUCGACGAUGAAGAGUUCACCAGAGCCGACAUUAUCACAUUGCAAGAUCCUCAGAAUGUCGCGAGCAGGGACCUGAGCCAGUUUAAGUUUCUCAAGGAUGGCGAGGACGCUGUUUUGACUAAGGAACAGGAGGAGGAACGUAAAGAGGGAAAUGUCAACAUCAAUGCGCUAGGACGAAUGGGUGAUAAGGUUCUCAGGGCAAAGCAGGCCGUUGAAAAAGCACGCAAGGAACGCGACGAAGGAGGUGAUGUGAACCGCACGUCUGCAGUUGUCAAGCCCGGGUCAACAGUGCAGCGCAAGUCUAUGAUUGUUGACAAGAAAGUUCCGUCUAAUGCGGCGGUGUAUACAACCGGAAAAGCCGCCGCUAGUUUCACCAGUACGGGUUUAACACCCGAAACAAGCGGCGAACGAGCGCUCCUGUCCGAUGAAGAAUUCAUGCUGAAGCCCAAACGAGUCAAGAUCAAGGGGUAUGCCCGAAUAGAAACGAAUCUGGGUGACCUCAACAUUGAGCUCUAUCCCGAGUUUGCCCCUCGUGCAGUAUGGAAUUUCACGAGGCUUGCGCAGAAGGGGUACUACCGGGGUGUUACUUUCCAUCGCAAUAUUAAGAAUUUCAUGGUUCAGGGAGGCGAUCCCUCUGGGACUGGUAAGGGUGGCACCAGCAUCUGGGGCAAAAACUUCCAAGAUGAAUUUGAUGGGCCUUUGACGCAUAAUGCUCGAGGUAUUCUCAGCAUGGCGAACAAAGGCAAAAACACCAACUCAAGUCAGUUCUUCAUCAUCUAUCGGCCGACAAAGCACCUCGACAACAAGCACACGGUUUUUGGUAAGGUCGUUGGUGGCCUUGACGUGCUGUCAAAAAUUGAGGAUGUCCCUACAGACGGAUCUGACAGGCCGCUCAACAGAAUUGUGAUGAAGGAAGUUGUUAUUUACCUGGAUCCCUUUGAGGAGUUUCUGAAGGAGAAAAGCGAAUCCGAAAAGCUGGAAAGGGCGAAGCAGGAAAUAGAAGUAAAUGGUGGUACGGAAGAUGACAGAACAACAUGGACGGGCAAACGAAUCAGGGCCGACGGGACUGUGGAAGGCGGAGAUGUUGGCGCUGGCGUAGGCAAAUAUCUUAAGUCGCAGAAGAGUGGCUCAGGACAUGUGGAAACGGAAGAUGUUGAUCUCUGGGAGGAGCCGGCUCGUAAGAAGAUAAAAAGCGGUGGUUUUGGCAAUUUUGAUAACUGGUAA